AUUUGCUUCCCUUUCCCAGGUAUCCCUGAAAUGGUGAGUCUUGUGGAAGGGAUCUGUGAUAAGCAAGAUUGAUAUCAUGACAAGAAGCACAGGACUGGUGCAGUUAAUGAUACUCAACAUAAUCAUAGCAUGCCUGAUUCUAAAGGGAGCUAGUGGAUUUUCUUUUGCAUCUGUUGCACAUGUUGUCAUGAACUGGACAAGAGGCCUAACAUGUUACUUUCAAGAAUGUUGUGGUGGCAAGUGGAUAUCAUCAAAUCUCACAGCUCUGCAAGUUGACCUGAACAGAAACAUUCAUGGGCAGGAGCUUGCAAUUCAUCUGGUCAUGACAGCACUCAAGAGUCAUCAAGAGCGCUCAAAAAAACCUCUUGUCAUGGUCUUUCAUGGUGGUGUGGGAACUGGCAAGAAUUACGUAGCAGAUUUUAUUGCCAAGCACAUGUUCCAUGCUGGAUUAUCGAGCGAAUUUCUUCAUAAGUGGCUUGGCUACAGGCACUUCCUUGGGUCUGAUGAAAAUGCCACUGAAUUCAAGAGGAAGGUUCAAACUUGGGUCUAUGAUGCCCUCCAAAGAUGUGAUAAGCAGCUUUUCAUCAUUGAUGAAGUUGAUGCCAUUGGUGAUGGUGUACUUGAUGGACUCACUCCAUAUAUGGAUUUCCAUGAGGAUAUUGAUGGAGUCUCUGCAAUACGUUCAGUGUUCCUGUUUCUCACCAAUGCUGGGUCAGAAGAUCUUAUCCAAAUUGCAGAAAAAAACUGGGAGAGUGGCCAUGUUCGAAGCAACCUGAAAUACCAUGACUUUCGUGAAGCAUUAGAGGUUGCAGCAUUCAAUCAAGAAGGAGGGUUGAAACUGAGUCGUGUUGUCAAGAAAGCUCUUAUUGACUACCAUAUUCCCUUCAUACCAUUGGAAAAGAAGCAUGUGAAGCAUUGCAUAGAGGAUGAAUUCCAGAGGAGGAGAAUCAACUAUUCACAUGAAGAUGUUGAAACUAUACUCAAGAGGAUUGGGAUCAUCCCUUCAAGGAGUGCCCGGUUUGCACAGAUUGGCUGCAAAAGAGUAGCCAUUGAAGUUGACAUAUACUUGAAUGAAAUUGAACAUGAACAUGACCAUGACCAUGGACCAGAAGAUAUACUCAAAGAUGAACUUUGAUUCCUGUGAUUGAUUUCUGCA